CCAAAAACACAAUACAUGCUUUGUUGUCGCCGUCGCUGCAUUUUGAGAAAAAAAAUUGAAGAAAAAAGUCAUGAUGCAAUCCAGAUUGGCUGCAACUGUUGCCGGAUUUAGUCGGAUCGGCUUUCGGAAACGGUUUCUGGUACGGAGCUUUGGCACCGGAGCCACUACCGGGAGGACGGCUGAUCCGGCGGUUCACUCCGUUGAGCCUGAAGAAGUUUCCAGAACCGACUCGAUUAUCGAUGAGAAGAGGCGCCACCGCUCGCCGGAGCAGGAAUCGACCGGCAAGGACGCCGAACCCUACGUUCAUACCAAAUCCGGUCCUAAACUGGAGUCCUCCGGCGUCGCACCUCUAAUCAAUCCAACCACGCAGCAAAAGCGCCGGAUUUCUAACUACUCCACCGACGGUAGCCCCUGGCCAAAAAGCGAAGACGAAACUGACAGGAAGGUGCAGAGAGAAGAACAGGAGAGAGACAACAGAGAGUAUUUCAAGCACCACAAAGCGUCGCCGCUGUCGCACAUCCAGGUUGCUGAUACCAGAAAGCCGAUAACUCAGGCGACCGAUCGCGGUGGUUCCGAGAAUUACGUGAAAAUAAUCGACGGUUCAACCGUCAAGCUGUGGAGUCCGGAGCAGCUUGAUACCGUCGACGACUCGCUCCGCCGCGCAAUGGAAAUCUACCGGAGAAACGCCGAGAUGGGAGACCCUGAUUCCCCCCACGGAAAAGUUCUCCGGCAGCUUCGCGGCGAAUACUGGUGAAGGUCAGAGAUCCGAGUUCUCACCGUCACGUUUCGGUUGAACUUUUUUAUCCAAACCAAAAAUAAUAAUGAAGAAAGAUAUACCACAUUCUAGAAGCGUUACCAUUUUACCUUUUUUUUUUUUUUUUUUACGUCAAACUGUAUGAUUUUAUUUAAUACUCGUCCAUACAAUUCCAAGGUAAUUAGGUUCACUAGUUUUAACGAAGCAUAAAUAGGGUGUGUUUUGUGGUUUGAAUUUUGGGUUUCGGUUUGAUGGCUUGACUCGUGUAAUAGCAUCUCUCCCCCUAAGGGUUCUUUUUU